AUGAAGUGGAGCGUGCGGGGAGCCUGCGCCGCGCUCUCCAGCUGCCUCCUGCUCGCCUGCGCCCUCAGCGCCGCCGCCGUGGGCCUCAAGUGCUUCUCGCUGGGCUCCGAGCUCAAGGGCGAGCCCUUCCGCUUGGGCACCGCCGCCGGCGCCUUCUACUCGGGGCUGCUGCUGGCCGCCGGCCUCUCGCUGCUCGCCGCUGCGCUGCUCUGCUGUCGCCCGCCCGACGAGGCGCCCGUCGCGCCGGCUCCGGCACCGGCCCCAGCGCCGGCACCGGCCUCUGCUUUGGCCCCCGCCGGAGACCCGGACCCGGCCAGCGGCGGCCCCGGCGGGGCGGAGGCGGCGGCCGCGCCGUCGGGGCCGGUGGAGAAGGCGUCGCCCGGGGGGCGGCAGAACUUCCUGCUUCUGGGGGUGCUGGUGUUCAUGCUGGGCGUGCUGAGCGCCUUCGCCGGCGCCGUCAUCGACGGCGACACCGUGUCGCUGGUGGAGAGGAAGUACUCGCACUAUUGCCUGCUGCAGCCCGGCGGCGGGGCCCGCCCGCGGAGCGGACCCGCGUCCCCCGACGGCACCGCCGCGGCGCUCCGCUGCCAGAAGCUGCGGGACUACCAGCAAGGCUUGGUGCUCUCCACCGUUUUCAACGCGCUGGAGUGCCUCCUGGGCCUGCUUAACCUGCUUCUUGUCAAGAACUACAAGGCCGCGCAGCAGCGCGGACGGAGGCGGCGGCGGCGGCGAGCGGCCCCGGCGGCGGCGGCUGCGGCGGGCGGGCGGCGGCGGCGGCGGAGGGGCGGCGGCGCUGGGCGGCGGGCGCCGCGCCACAGCCAGGGCUCCCUCUUCUCCGGCGGCGAGCCCGAGCUCAGCCCCGGGGAUUGCCCCUUCCAGGCCGUCUCCUACAUCAACGUGGGCGUCUUCCACGUCUUCGACGAGGCCGGCGUGGAGGUGCACUGUGGCGGACAUCCCUCCGUCGAGCUGCCCGGCUACUCGCCCAUGGACCCCGAGCUCAACGCCUCCUAUCCCUACUGCUACCCUCUGCCCAGCGAGCAGCCCCCCGCCUACGAGGAGAUCUACCCCGGGGAGCCCUGCGCUCACGGCACUUAGCGCCCGCCGCCGCCGCCGCCGCCGGGACGCCCGGCUCCCCGCCCGGCCCCCGGAUCGCCGUGACGGCCGGGAGCGGGCCCGCCAGCGCUUCGCAGCCGCGGGGCUCGGGGACAGUUCUCGCACCACCGACGGGAUGGUCCCGCCGUCGCGGGCGCAGCGGGACACGGGCGGCCUGCCGCCGUGCCUCUGGCUCUGCGGAAGCUUCUCCUCCCUCCCUCCCUGCUCUCCUCUUCCUUCCCCCCCUUCCCUCCCCCACACCGACCCUUCGUCCGCCGGCGGCUGAAUUUUCCGAAGGCUGCGCAAGAAACGCCUAAGGGAUUGUCAAGGGGAACGCAAACCUGAUCAAUUCCUGUCACUGAAGGGUGAUAACUGCAAGGCUUCUGCCUUAAGUGGCAAAACCAUGGAGAAGAGAAGAGAAACAUGUAUGUGCUAUCAAAUAUCCAUUUUGCCUACCUGAAGUAAUGACUUCUUUUUGCCUUAUGGCUUGUUGCUUUAAUUUGCUUCCAGCUGUACUCGCAUCUGUUCAAAGGGAGGGAAGGAUAGGUUCAAUACUACUGUUUUGAUCACAAAGUACUGAUUGAAGUACUGAUUUUGUAGCUUUCAGCUCUCAGCAUUCAUGUUCCUUCUGCAGGUAAUAGUGGCUAGUCAAGGUCUGAAAUGGUGGAAAAUCAAGUCUGCUGUCUUUGAUGAGACAGGAUUUGCCUUCAUGUGGAAAAAAUUUAUUCCCACCAGCCUAUUAGCAAUUCACAUGAAUUAUUUUCACACUCCAACAUCCUUGCUUAAAUCUUACUUAUACUUUGCAUUGUAAUUGACAGACAGAAUAUACAUUAAUCUAAAAACAGGAAAAAAUUAUGUUAGAGGGAAAUUGUAUUAAAGUAGUACAAUGAUUUUACUCAAAGUUUGAUUUCACUGUAGGACUUCUUUGGUUCACCAAAAAGUGCUAUGGCGGCUGGUAUAACUUAGAUAUAUUUCAGACAUACUGUUUAAUAAUCAGAAAAGGUUUCUGAAUGUUCACAUGAGAAUGGCAAUCUGUUUCUGCUUUUGGAUAUAGUACAUAUGAGAACCUUUUCUUCAUUUUGCCAUUUAAUCCAAGAUUGAUCCUCAAAAAAAUGUCAGUAACUGAUCUUGUAACUUUAGGAUCAAUAAAAUAAGUUUUAAAGCACAGCAUA